AUGGCCGACCACGGCGGCGAUUACCGCCGCGGCGGCGUGGAUGGCGCCGGUGACGCGUCCGCGAGGCCCGGUCUCCACGACCGUCGCGUCUACAUCGGCGGCAUACCCUACUCCAUCGACGGCAACGACAAGCUCGCCGAGCUCCUUCACCAGCGGGGCAUCCGAGACCACGAAAGCCUCAAGGUCCCGCUGAACCCCGAGGACGGGCGCCCGCGCGGGUUCGCGUUCGCGUCCUUCGCGUCCGCCGCGGCGGCGACGCGGUGCAUCGAGGCCCUCGACCAGACCACCGUGGAGGGGCGGCUCUUGUCGUGCAAACGAUCCUUCGUGCAGGAUGAGAGCAGCUACGUAACGCCGGGGAGCGCGGGGUACAUGCCGCCCGCGAUGGAGGUCAGAGGGGUGAACAAGGGGGAAUCGCAGUGGGACGUGCUGGCGAGGAUACAGGCGAGGUACGGCGUGGCGAUACCCGCGGUAGGAGGCGCCGGCCCGACGGGUCGCGGAGAUACCGCGGAGGCGUUCGCGAUCCCGCCCCCGCCGACCGCGCCGCCCCCGCCCCCGGACGCCCUCAACGCUCCGACGAUCCCACCGAGCUCGAUCGUGCUGCCCAAGAUCUCGUCGCUCGCCGCGGUGGUCGGUCGCGACGCGGCGAGGCGCGCGACCGCCGUCGUCCCGGGUCCCAUCGACGACGACGACGGCGACGACGGCGAGCGACCUCCGCCGCCGCCGCCGGGGGGUCCCCCGAUCCCUUCGGGCUCGACGACGACGCCGCCUCCCCCGCCGCCGCCGGGUUUAGGGUCCCAGGGUUUAGGACGAGGUCCCAAGGUACUCGGCACCCCCAAGGUGUUCGCCAACGACGAGCCGCCACGUGGCGAGACGAGAAAGGCGGGCGACGCGGCGUCGGAGCGAAGGCUUCGGCGGGAACGGAUGCGAAAGCUCCGCGCGUCCGGCGUCUUCGUCAUGGGCGACGGCGACGGGGACGACGGGGACGACGAGGACGGGAAGGACGGGGACGAAAAGUCGGCACCCGGGGACGGGGACGUCGUCGGCAGGGCAGAGCCGGCGAAGCGGGCGAGGGUCGUCGCCGAGGAGGUGCGAGGGGUGACGGGUCUCGACGGGGCGGCAUUCGCGCCGGGGACGGAGGCGUCGUCGUCGAUCGUCGUCGACGUCAAACGCGCGGAACUGGCGCCGAGCAAGGUGGAGGAGAUUCGCGCGAGGGCGGCGGCGGCGGCGGCCAAGGCGGCCGCCAGGGCCGUCGGCAUGUCUUAG